AUGCACGCCAGAAGAGUCACAGACAUCACUCCGUUUAUUCCAAUAAAAAAAGACGCAGAUAAACUCAAGAAAAAGAACAAGAAACACACGAAAUCGUCCAAGAAAAGCACUAAAAUGAGCAGUCCACGAGGACAUAAGCCUCAGCAGCAAUCGAAGGCGCCAAGAACAGAGCUAGACUACGAAAUCGAACGACUAAAAGCAGAGAUUCAACAAGAACGUCAAAUGAAGUGAGCUAAAAACUUGAAUUAAGUUCUGCAAUUUGCUUCGAUUUAUUUGAUCUGCUUUAAUUUCAUAUUCUUAUACCCCAAUGUUAAGUUAACCGUUUGUUUGGUCUUUUGAUUAAAAUUUAAACAGGAAGUAUAGUUUACAGCAAGUAGUUUAAUCAGCUUUAAGUGUUGCCCGAUCAUUUUAUGCUUCUUCUUCUUCUUCUUCUUUUUCUUCCAUUACUUGGCUCCAUCUUCAAAGAUGAUUUUUCCUUGCUUAAGUUAUAUAGCUUCUGUUUAAAAAAAAUUAUAAGCUUAAUUGCUCUUUGUAUACAAUAAUAUUGUUCGUCUUUAUUGUUUGGAAAGAAUUUAUGCCUGUCUUAUGGGGUUCAAGUAAAAGAACACAGCGUCCGAUAGCAAGAUCUAGACCUUCAUAAAUUUUUAUUAAGCUUAUAAUUUGAAGUGACAUUGGCUCCCGAAAAUGUACAUUCGAGUAUAGUAAACUGUUCAUUUCUCUUUGAUAGGGAAAUGUUAGAACAGUCUUCAGGUGAACUUGACAAAACUAUUGCUGAUCUGGAGGAGAAAAGUAACAAUGUGGAAGAUGAAGGUACUAAUUAAUAUAAAUAUAACUAUCCUAAAUUAACCUGACAGUGUCAUUGAUUAAAACGUUUAAUUCAUUCUGGCGGAGAUUUUCUAGGUUACCUGAUGUCCUAUUUAAACAACAAUGAUGACAUUAUUUACUAUAUAGCAUUAUGAAAUCAUUUUAAUUGGAGUAAGGAGAAGAAUAGUCAGUUCGUGUGCAGCCUUCUGUCCUGAAGGUUUUGAGUUUGAGUUGUAGGUAGAUUCAACUUCUUUCCUUUUUAAAACAGCCAUAAAAUGGAACACUGAUGGAGACAGAGGGGAAAGGGGAGGUAAAAAUAUUAGCACACUGUUGGCCUCAAGUUUGGUGGUCUAUUAAAUGGGUAUUGUUAGGAGUUACCUACAUGAUAUAAUUAGGACCUUGGCUUUACUGUUAUGAAAAUCAUAUCAUCCAAUAAUGGUUGAGUCUCUAGUCUCUCUGAGGAGUAUAGAAUGGUAAAUUUGAGCCUUUGCGAGACUGUGACCCCGGUUUCAAAAUUGAAGACUGAGCUUCAAAAAAAAAUUGAGACACCGAGAUGCAAAAUCACCUGAAAACGCAGCUUCGAGACCUACCACAAACGUUUCCAAGAUUUUGAUGUAGGGCAAACAUUUUCAGGGGCGCAUUUUUCAAGGAACCAUUCUGUACCCCUUCUCUGGUUAGCAGUUCACUUGUGCUGGGUUGAAAAAGCCUAGUGAAAAUAGAUGGAAAAUUGAUCAUCAUAGAUGUGUGUGAGGUUAAAUCACAAAAGAAGCCUGGAAAAAUUUCAUGGAGUCACAUGGAUUUGAACCCAUGACAGCUUGUCAUUAUUGUCAGCUUGUCAUUAGGAGCUGGUCAACAAAGACACUGUCGACCUUGGGUCAAUUAAAUAAAAAUUUUACAGGUGCAAUUUACAAUUGUAGCCAUUGUUUUAGAGUCUAACAACAACAGCUACACUUGUAAAUUACAUGUGUAAAAGUUCUAUUUAAUUGACCCCUGGAUGUAUCAUUAAAAAUUAGUGUUUUUUGAUGUAGAUAAUGAAUGGAAGACACGAUUUGAGACACAGCAAGAAAUGAAUGACCAACUUGAAAAACAAGUUAUUUUAUUACGGGACAAACUGGGCCAGUUAAAGAUUCCUUCCCGUGAUGGUAAGCUUAUUGCUGCCUUCUUCAGUGUAUCAUGUGUUAAAAAAUUAUCAUUUAGCAAAGUCAGUGGUGGUUAAUGAUACUUAGAAAAAAAUUAAGAAGCAAGUACACACAAGUGCAGUCGGAGGAAAAAUCAAGUGCUGGCUUAAAAUUUAAGCCAGCAGCAUGAAAAUCAAAGCAUACAUUUAAUGUAUGCUUUGAUUUUCAUAAAAAAUAGCAAAAGCAACUUUGAUUCGCCAAAGGAAUUUACGAUUAUUAUUCGAACAGAUUUAUUCAGUAGCAAGCCACCAGCAGGGUUUAUUUUGGACCAGAAAGUUCCUGGAAUUUUAUUGUGGCAUUUUCAAGACUUCACCAGAUAUAUCACUAUUGGGUGAAUAAGAUUAUGGUAUGGAAACCAAUGCAUUAUCCAUUUGGAUAGGAAUCUAUUCAGAGGUUAGCACUAUCCAAAUUAUAAGACUGGAAAGUCCCAACAAUUGUUUGCAGGUUGUGGAAAUAUUUAAAGAUAAAAUGUUCAUUUUCAGUCUUUAAAAACAUUCUACACGAGUCAUGGAAAUUAUUCCACUGAAACCUACAGCAGCAUGUGUCGUGACUGCAUCUUAAUACAUGUAUGUGAAAUUUUGCAGGGAAGCCAAGUAACCAUCUCAAAACAUACAAUGGCUUAUCAGAUGUAAGUACAAUUUUUGUUUUAUUACGUAGAAAAUAUGCUCUUGAUAUCAUAAUGUAUUCAUGCUUUGAAUAAUUUUCAAAUUCUACCCAAUAUCCACAAUAUGUAUUUGUAGUAAAAAGUACAGGCUUUACUUCCAUUGUAUCCUCACUUGUCCACCAUCAGGCAGAAAUCAGAAAACUUAUGAAACAGCUGGAGCGAGACAAGGUGGAACUUCAAGGACAGUUGCGUGAUUUGGAAUGGCGCUUAGACAAUGAAUCUAAGGUUGGUUGGCAUUUUAUACUGUCUCUUUACCUAGACAGACUUAUCAAAGCCUCGUAGCUAUGAACUAAGUUGUGAGAACAUUACAAAGAAUGAAGAUCUCAAUUAUGGACAACAGCGGUACAUCAACUUUGAGACAGAUGAUGAAUAAAUUUUUUUUUUUUUUUAUUGGUAACUCAAGUUCCCUUUAAUGUCCUCCAUGUCUUUUUUUCAGGCUUACCAUAAGAUAAAUGAAGAAAGAAAGAAAUAUUUAACAGAGUUGGAUGAGGUCAGUGUAUAUGUGUUUUUUCCUUUUCUGUGAUUCAGUAUAUUCACAAAGCCGUUUGAACAAUGACUCUUGAAUAUUAGUUGUUAAUGAUUGUCUGGCCAUUGACUGUGAGAUUUUUCACUUGAUUUUUCCUAAAUAACAUUAUAAAACCUUACACUGUUGGGACAGAGCUUAAAAGUUUCAGUCCGCCUCUUCCCUACCUGAACUCUGCAAAAAUACAAGCUUAGUAACAGUUUACAUUAUUUUAUGUACUAGUGUAGUAACUAAGUUUCACUGCCCUAUCAAGCUUUAUGAUCAUAGUUUUGUUAGUUUGGCGAUAUAGCUUGCUUUAAGGAUGCCCUUAAGUAUAUACAGAAGUUUGUAAUUAUGUAGAAGGAGCCUUGCUUGAAACUGAAGCUACCUUUAUUUAUUUUUUUUUUCAGACUGCUACAACCAUUGAUGAGACAAAAACUAAAACAAGACUCGCCCUAAGUGAAGCGCAGAGAGAAAAUGAAGCUCAGCUACAUGCUGCUAAAUUAAGAAACCCUAAACAGUUUGGUUUGCCAGACAAUCAGAGAAUCAUUGAUCCAAGAAAAGGCCCUGUGAAAAAAGUUGCUGCUGUGCGCAAGCUGCCAAAACUGGAAAACCCUGGCUCAGGGGGCAGUGGAUCAUCUGGCAAUAGUCCACGGCACAGUUAG